AUGCCUUCCAGCUCUAAAGGAUCUGGUUCUGACGACCCUGUGGCAUCUGAGCUGCUAGCGAGAAUAGGGGACUUUGCUAGUCAGGCCCUACAGGAUGAUAUGCAAGAAUUCCCAACUAAUCGCUUGGCUGCCAAUCAAGCAAUUACAGGUUUAAAAGUUAGCCUCUCGAAAAAGCAGGAAAUAACUAGCCUAUUGGAAAAUCUUUUAGUUUCCUUCUUCCGACUGGCCACGCUGCAUUGCCAUAGAUUGGACGAUAGUGAAAUACUGUCUAAAUUAAGUGAACUCGAGGAUAAGAUAGACGAGAAAGUAAGUAAAGCACAAACUUACGCGUUAGCAGCCAAAACAGAUAAAGUGCAAAUUCCGACAGGCAAAUCAGUAAUGCCGGUUCGCAGGAAGAUACUGAAGAUGGUCCCAAUAGAUGACACGUCGGAUCUUACGUGCGAUGACACGAAAAAACUACUACUCACUAGAAUGAAACCUUGUGAUCUGGGAAUGAAACCCGACAGGGUGCUAAAAUCAGGGAAAAAUGGGGCGAGAAUCGAAGCAAAAGAGUUUGACGAAUCAAAAAUAAAUAAAAAACUGUUAAAAUCAAUAGGUCUUAAAUGCGAAAUACAAGGCAAACUAUCGCCAAGAAUCGCGGUAUACGGGGUUCCCAGCGAAGUCAGUAGUGAGGACCUAAAGGCCGCUUUUGAGGUGCCCCUAACGGGGGCAAGAAAGCUGUUGGUUAAAGAAGCAGACUCCCAUUCAUCGCUUCUCAGCUCCGAGCUGUCACCUUGGCAGUUUAAAAGACGCAGAGCAUCAACUUUUCAUGAAGGUGACACCAAGGACGAAUACCCGUCACCGAGAUGGCGCAAGCGCAGAGCGAGUUACCAAGAGUCAAACGAUCUGAAUUUUUCAAUUAAAGAAAGCAAAAACGAAGCAACAGAAAACGAGUACCCGCUCCCACCUCCUUGCACGUGUCCAUAUUUCGGAGAUAAACCCGAAAAAUCUCCGACACCAGCUGAAUUAAAGAUAUUACCCAGUGAUUCUUCGAGAACUUCACCGAAAUUAUUGGAUAGCGAUAACAUUCAGCUGUUAAAUGUAUCGCCUGUAAAGAAAUCUUCUUUGGCAAGAAGUAGAGGAAGCAGUGGUGAAUCGUCCCCUAAUAAUGUGAUGGUUACUUGGGAGUCACGAAGAAGUCAACGAAGAGAACGGAAACAUCCGUUAGUGAAAUUAAAUUUGGGUAAAAAAAAGACACAAGUUAAUGAAACAGUAACAACCUUAACCCAAAUUUCUACUGAAGAAGAAGGAGAAUGUUCAAAAUAUCCAAAUCCAAUUUGUGAGAAAAUUGAAAUACUUUCUACCAGUAGUAGUCAUCAGGUGGUUCAGGCUCGGGUUCAGCAACAAACUAAACUUCCAUAUAUCCCGAAGAAAAUGGGUGUUUUCAUGAAAAAUAAAUUAGAUAAAUGUUUACUUGAUUUAGUGGUAAAAGACUUUCAACCAUUUAGUAUUGUUGAGGAUGCUGGCUUCAGAAACUUUGUAAAUACUUUAAAUCCUGCAUAUACAAUUCCGACUAGGAAAACAAUAACAAGUAUUAUUUUACCCGCAGUGUAUGAAGAAACAACUACAAAUGUUACUAAUCUUCUAAAAAAUGUAACAUUUGUAACUGUCACCACAGAUUGCUGGACUUCAAUCAGCAUACAAAGUUACAUGGCUGUAACUAUACAUUACAUUGAUACAACUUUCUCGAUUAAAUCAGUUUUGUUAGAAUGUUCAGAAUUCGAACAAGAUCACACAAGUAAAAAUUUGGCAUCGGCAUUAAGACAAACAAUGCAAACUUGGGGACUCGAAAAUAAAAUUUUGAUUUGCGUGACAGAUAAUGCCGCUAAUAUUACUAAAGCGGUGAGGGAGGAACUGCAGUGGAAACAUUUUGGGUGCUAUGCGCACACUAUUAACUUAAUUGCUGAAAGUGCAUUGACGGUUGUAGACUGUUUAAUUCAAAAAGUACAAUUGGAAGAAUCGGUCAGAACUACUAUCGCUUUGUUGAACACAAAUAAAAUCUCAGUUAUAUUUGUAGAAGUGUGGCGUUUAUUAGCAGACAUUAAAAAAGUUUUGGAACCUUUAGAAAUAAUCACCAAAGAAAUGAGCGGUGAAAAGUACAUUUCAUUAUCCUGCCUAAUAAUUUUGACCAAAGGUUUGCAAGAAAUGUUAGAGGAACUGAAAAAUGAUGAAGUGUUUGCAAUGACCCAAACAAUGGUGUUGAAAAUGUUAGCUAGUAUAAAAUAG